AUGGACGAAGCGGUUGAAAUAUGCUUUAGAGAAACGAUGUCUGAGAUGACACGUCUUGUAGAUAGAAAUGGAGAGCAUUUUCUUUUAUGCGGACUAGACCAGGAGAUACUUGCGAUGGUCAUCAAAUCACUGAAGAGGCAUGCAGAGAGAAUAAGCAGAACAGUUGUGGAUAUUCACCCGACCACUCCAAAGGAUGAAAAUCCAGAUGGAAAAGUUUUUUUCAUUGAUAUAAACCACGAAAUCCCCAUCUCUUACCAGCUGCAUAUAUACCAUUACCUUGAAAAGACUAGAAGACAUUCUUGUUGCUUAGUUCUUGUGUCAACCUCAUGUACCUCUGUGGACAGACUGGAAAGGCGGGUUAAAUCAAGAUUCAACCACCGGGUCUUUUUCAUAGGCUUUCUUCCGUUUGAAUCAUAUAGAGCUUUAUACAGCCAACUUACAGGGAUAGAUGAGGACGAAGAGAUUCAAAGACAGUACAGCAUUGAUCCAAGUAUCUCGGCUUUAUCGAAAAAGAUAAUCAUAAAGAAAUAUGAGCUUCCAGAGUAUACCAUAGAAACUCUUUACACCCUAUUCAACCCGAUUCAUAUAGCACUUAUGUUGGUAGCAUUCAGGAAAAGGAUAAAGUACAUCAACUGUGUAUCUGAGUUCAGAACUUUUACAUCAGAUGUCAACGAGCUCAAGGGAGCAACUAGUAUGGAGAUCCUGUUCUACUUUCUUGAUAUUCUUGAUUCCGGACUUAUAGACAAAGAGGGUUGCCUACUUGUGGAUGCAUAUAGCUUCAAAAAACACGUGUCCAACACCAGGCCCUUGUAUUUGAGGAACCUAAUGUAUAAAACUCUGUGA